GUCCAUAAGUUGGUAAUCGAGUUGGCUCUCUAGCUAGACACAUGUUGAGACAUAUCAUGAGCUCUCUGAACGAGCCAGCUCGCGAGUUUAGCUCAACAAGCCACCGAGUCGAGCUAGCUUGCGCGAGCUUCACGAGCUAGGACAAAACUUAGCUCAUGUUCACGGCUCGUUUAGUAACGAGCCAAGUUUCGAGCGAACUUUUCUCGAGUCGAACACCGAGCUGCUCGUCUCAUUUGCGGCCCUGUGCAUAAGCACCAUAACAUUUGAGAAGUCAAUUAAGAGAAUGAGUCGUCUUUGAAAUCAUUGAAGCUAAGCUAAGUGGAGAUCACCAGGCAGUAGUACAAAUGGUUGUUGUGUUCCAAAUUCCAACCCGUGUCCCGUCUGAUGAAAUUCGACCAUUUUCAGUCCAGCCAUCCAGAUGCAUGUAUACCAAUCCAACACGUAAGCCGCCCAGAACGUCGUGCUUUUUUUCACAAAAAAAAAAACCUAAUAAAAUGUCACAGCUCAGCUUGGGAAGGUUUGUUGUUUCAUUGCGUCGUCGUUUCUAAUCGUUCUACUAGUAGAACGGGUGUCCAUUCGGGUUCGGUUUUUCGGGUUUACCCGAAACUGACCCGAUUAUAUACAUUUUCGGAGUUUCGGGUUCGGGUUCGUUUCGGGUUUUUCGGUUUUGGGUUCGGUUUUGCCUAUCAGUUUUUCGGGUUUCGUUCUAAAACCUCCAAUGAAUAGAACUCAACCCGUAUUCUUAGGCGUUCGGGUUUUCGGAUUUCGGUUUUGCUUUAACCGAACCCGAACCCAAUUAGGAAUUUUCGGGUAACCGGAACCCACAAGUCAUUAUCGGAUUCGGGUUCGAUUUUAGUGGUUUUCGGUUUCAGGUUUUCGGGUUUCGGUUCGGAUAACCGAACCCGAACCGAACCGAAACCCCUACUAAUAGUAGCAAAACACAACCACCGCCGUGUCGCAGGCGCCUUUCGUUUUUUCUAAUCAACACAUCCACAUGCUCCAACGAUUCCCUAAUAUUUAUUACCUAAACACAACGUCAACAAGGACAAACGCUAACAUUACCACUAAAAAUAAUGGAAGCAUUUGUUUACCACAAUACGGCAUGUUGAUAGAGUUUGGUGUCAUACUAUGAUGUUCUGAAAAUGUAUUAUGAUGGUAGGAAUAUAUCGGUUUUGAAUGGUUUUAUUAACAGAUUGUACUUUAAUUAAAAAUAAAAAGGAAUUAAUGUACUUUUUUAUGUGGAACCUGAUGUGGCGAUUGAGGUGGAGUCCAUUAACAUUAGCAUGGCCGAUGAAUUUUGCAAUGUUAUGAAAGGUCUAUGUAUGAUAUGUUAUAUUUUUCAAGGUUUGACUGAUAUUUUGUCAACCUUAAAAGAAUUUUAGUAGUAUAUUAUAUUUAUAAAAAAAAAGAGGAAACAAUAAAUUUUGAGAUAUUAGCUUUAAAAGAUACUAAUUGCAAAAUCAUGGAAGGUAAAUAUUAGUUCCCAAUAUGGGUGAAACUAGGUGGACAAUGGAUGAGUUGAGUGAGUUUCGGUUUUAAAUUGACCCGCUCGUCUGCUAACUAGUUGGUAUAAUUGUGAUUCGCAAUCCAUUCACAAACUUUUUCGGGGUUGGGUUGGGUGGGUGGCAGAUGGGUGCGGUUGGAUUGUGAGUUAACUCACAAUUGCAAUCUCCAACUAGUAAUUAGGCAAGCUGACUAACAUUUAUAAUAAAUUCCUCUAAAAUUAGUAAAGAUUAUAUCAAUUUAGACACCUCCCAAUUUGUCUCCUAUAGAUGCAUAGUACUUGUAUCAAAUCUUUCAUUAUUUCAUCAGCCAAUUAUGUAAAGAUAAUAUAGUGACCAAUAGUAGCAGUCCAAAAAUAUUCUUUAUUUUUCAUCUGUAGAAUUCGAUCGUCACUGUGUACUUACUGUCAGUUAGGAAAUACGUUAACUAUUCGGUAGCAUAAACAAGAAGAAGAAGAAAUUAUUUUCCACGUAAAAAUAGGCUGCAGAUCAUUUGUGUGACCCGUCAACUCGCUCAUCCGAUAAGUGCAAACAUGAGAUUUAUCAGUCCACAAUCAACCCACAUCAAUCACGCGUUUACUAAUUACUGCAGUUUGCAACUGUUUACAGGUGGAUCGAUAUCAAACUGCGAAUUAACCCUAGUUAGAAACAAACAGAGUUAGGCCAUGGAUUAGGCCUGACCUCGAUGUUUAUGACCACAGUCCCCACAAUUUAAGCCCCCACAUACCCCAAUCCAUGCACCUACUAAAUGACGUUAACCUCUUAACCUCCCCUUCCUUCCUUCCUUCCCCUGUUUCCUCCCUCCCCAAACAUUGUUUUCCAUUUUUUCCUUCUUCCCCACCCCACCACCGCCCUCCUCCAUCAUCAAUUCUCCAAUCAUCUCCCUCCGCCGCUCUAUUCCACCUGAGCUAAUCAGCGAUGGGUCUUCGGUCACCCUCCAAUGUUCUCAUCUUCCUCCUGGUAGCCGCCGCCGCCGCUCUGUUCACCCAUCCAAUUCACGCUGCCGAUUCAAGGAAGCUCGAUGAGACCGCAGACGGUACCCCGGGAUCCGAGAAGUGCACGCCGUGCAACCCAAGCCCUCCCCCGCCGUCUCCGCCGCCACCGGCAUGUCCACCUCCACCUGCUCUGCCUCCUCCCUCGCCGCCGCCUCCCAAAAACCCGCCGUCCACCUACUGCCCUCCGCCGCCGCCGUCUCCGCCCUCUUCCUCAAUUAUCUACAUAACCGGCCCGCCUGGCAACCUGUACCCCGUCGACAACGAUUUCAGCGGAUCCGGCCGCCCCACGGCGCCGGCGAUGAUCGGCUGCGGAUUGGUGGCGGCGGCGGUGGGGGUACUGUUCGGCAUCUAGAAUCCCAGUAGAAUUGAUUGGUUUCUCUCGACAGAAAUUCUCUCCGAAUUGGAGGGUAAUAUUAGGGGAAAACUAUUACUCUGCUUUCCCAGUUUUCCCGCCGGCGGUAAUUAGUCUUUUGCUCUACUGGAUGGAAAUACGUAAUAACAGUUCCCCCCUGAUGUCUCGUUUUACAGUAAUAGUUUGACAGUAAAGUUUACAUUUUUAUGGGUUUUGUAAUUUGUAGAUGUGUCAAGAACACACAGCACUCUGUUUUACUCUGUUUCUUCUUCUCCUCUUUUUUACCCUCCCAUGUUGCAUAUGUAAAUCCCGAAGUGAUCUUGAAUAAUAAUAUAGAAAUUAUUGAAAAAGUUUGUUCGAUUAUGUGCUCCUAAUUAGGAUUUGGGACUAUGCAAUGAGAUUAAUGGUGUUAAAAGUAUAGAUUAUCUGCGCAUAGAACCUUCUUCUUCUGCUUCUUUGUUCCCCUUUAUUUUCUUUAUUAUUGGGCGGUAGUCAGUAAACUAAUCAGAAAAUCUUAUCAAUCACAGAAGGGGGAGACUGACAAAUACGGCUGGAUAGUUGAAUUCCAUUAACGAAAAGUGCAGAUGUCUUAGGGUGUUUCUACUAUUCACACGUAUAAAAUCUAAGUGUCGUUUGGAUGGGACAUUCUCAAAAUGAGGUAAUUUGGGACAAAAGUCUCAUUUUAAAAAAUGAGCUAAUUGUAUGAGUAAAUGUUUACAUAAUUAUCUUGUUUGGCUUGUGAUUUGGCAUGAGACAAUUGUGAUGAGGCAUUUUAUGAAAAUACAUAUUUGCUCUCAUUCUUUUACCCUUCUCUAUCUUGGGAAAGGAAGAAUUUAAAAAGAAAUUAAAUAAAAGGGGUCAUAUUGGGAAAAAUGACCCCACAAAAUGGAGCAAUGUAGAUUACCUCCCUCCCACCCAAGUAAUUGACAUUGACCCAUAAUGAAGCAAUUUCAAUUGCCUCAUUCUUACUUUUUGCAUCCAAACGGGGUAAUUUGACCCAAUUGUCUCAUUUUGAGUCAAUUAGGGCACAUUGACUCAUCACUUUGAUCCAUCCAAACGACCCAUAAAAAUUUUAUGUAACCCGUUAAAAUAGAUUCACCUAUAUUUACGUAUAUGAUGGAUGUUUUGACGUAUGAUAUCAAGCAAGUAGAAUAAAUAAUUAGGAGAGUUUUCAUGCUCUCUCGUAAAUUAAUCCUAUUGAUCAAGAAUACCACCUACACAUUUUGUAUUGUUAGAUUUCGUUCUUACUCUUUUAAAAAUGUCUAACAUCUCCGGCGUUCUAUCAUAGGAGUUUAGUCAUUCAUUGAAAAAUAAACGAGAAUAGACAACUUAGCAAUAAAGUGUACAUAGGUCGACCCAUAAUAAUUUCAAAUAUGUAUGUUGACGAUCUUUUUGGGUACAAAUUUAUUAUACAAUAAGAUGAGAAGAAAGUAAAGUAUAUUAUAUUAUAUUAUAUUAUAUUAUAUUAUAUUAUAUUAUAUAUCCAACCCAAUUUGUCGUCGGUUCAUAAGGAAAUUGUAAUGUGGAUGGAAGAAGAAAUUAUAAGCCAAUGGAAACACGAUAAUUUGGUGUUGGAGUAGAUGGAUCCAUCCAUCAUAUAAUUUAAGUCUGCCAGCUGCAAUGUUGAAAUGAAUUGUCCCGUUAUCACAUAUAUGCGAUGUUCCAAUCAGCUGGAGAAACGUAAAGAAAGUGACGAUCCACAUUUUGGGUAAUUUGGUUAAUCUGGUGAUGUUGGGCCAUGUGGCUUACAUGCGAUGUGAGUGGCGGAUGACAAUCUCGGCAUGAUCUGUUUUAUUCAAUUUGUUUAGCUCGUUUUGUGACGGGUAAUAGUAGUCUUGUAUGCGGAGCGCGAAGCAGGUGUACAUAAUUACUCUUCUCGAUUUGAUUUGUCUUGUACCCGCCAAAUUAUCGACCCGUUUUUAUUUGAAUUACAUGUAAUUUUAAUCAAAUUAUUUAGAAUUU